GACCACCCACCCACGUAUGAUCAAUCACCGGCGGCUUCACGCGUUCUCUAUCUCUCUCUCCCAAAGCGAACAGACCUAACGAAAAUUUGCUAUUUUUCGCUUCCUUGGUAAGGAUUCUCCAUCUCUCUCUAGCUGACUGCCCAGAUCUCGAGAGUUUGAUUGUAUAAAAUUCUGGGUUGGUUCUGGUUGAUUUCGAUGUUUUUAAUUCUGUAGCGUUUGAAUUGCUUUCUGGGUUUCUUCCCCAGAUUGUUUUCAUUUUCAUUUUCCCUUUUUAGUUCUGUAUAAAUUUAGAAAUCAAAUAUGGGGUUUAUUUGGUCGUCUAGUUUGACAAUUAGAUCAUCUUAUAUGCUAAUUGUUAUAGACAUGGCCGAAUUCUUCUUGUGAAUUGUAUGUUUCGAGUCAAGGAAUUGUACAUUUGUUUCAUAGCGUCAGGCUUUCUAGAAUUCUGUUAUAGUUAGAAAAAGAACAAAACAGAAAAACAAUGUCGUCCGCCGGUGUCACUGUUCUUAGUAUGGUUCGUGAUGAGCCCGUAGUUUUCCCAAAUAAUUUACAUUCUCCACUGGAUGUGUGCUGCUCGAAAGAAUCGAUUUUGAUAUACCUCUCCAUUCUGGGGUCAAUGAUUCCUAUGCGUGUUUUGGAAUCGGAUUCCAUUGAGUCCAUGAAACUCAGGAUUCAAACUUGUAAAGGCUUUGUUGUAAAGAAGCAGAAGCUGGUUUGUGGAGGCCGAGAACUGGCCCGGAGCAAUUCUCUGCUCCGGGACUAUGGGGUUGCAAAUGGAAAUGUUCUGCAUCUGGUUCUUAGACUUUCGGAUCUGCAGGAGAUUAAAGUUAGGACUAGGGGUGGAAAAGAGUUCUCAUUCCAUGUUAAACGAGAUAGAGAUAUUGGGUAUGUGAAAAAAAGGAUCGCAAAGAAGGGAAAGGACUAUGUUGAUCUUGAGGAGGAAGAGGUUGUGUGUAAUGGAGAACGGCUUGAGGAUCGGAGGCUAAUCGAUGAUAUCUGUAAACAUAAUGAUGCGGUGAUACAUUUGUUUGUACAGAAAUCUGCAAAAGUUCGGGCUAGACCGAUCAAGAAUGAGCUUGAGUUGUCUAUUGUGGCACCGGCGUUAAAUAAUGAGAGGGUCAAUGACAUUGAUGGAGGAAAUUGUGGGGGACAGUAUGAUGAUGGAGGAAAUAAUUAUGGGAGAGAGUAUGAAGCUAAUGGGUAUGUUGUACCGAGAAAACCGCCAGAUAGGGAUUUCUCACUGGAGCCACUUAUUGUUAAUCACAAGAUUCAAUUGCCCUCGGUGAUAUGGGAUAUGGUUAACUCUACAUGUGAUGGAUUGGAUGCAGGUCAUUAUCCAAUGAGGUCUAUGGAGGGUACAGGGGGAGUUUAUUUUAUGCUGGAUUCAUUGGGUCAGAAUUAUGUGUCCGUUUUUAAGCCCAUUGAUGAGGAGCCAAUGGCUGUGAACAACCCUCAAGGGCUGCCAGUGUCACUGGAUGGUGAGGGGUUAAAAAAGGGUACAAGAGUUGGAGGAGGAGCUUUCAGGGAAGUUGCAGCUUAUAUUUUGGAUCAUCCAAAGGGUGAGCGCCGCUCGAUGUUAGGUCGUGAGAAGGGCUUUGCUGGGGUUCCCCCUACUUUUAUGGUUCAGUGCUUCCACAGAGGAUUCAACCAUCCAGGGGAUUUGACCAGCAAGAUUGGAUCUUUGCAGAUGUUCAUGGAGAAUAGUGGAAGUUGUGAGGAUAUGGGCCCUGGGGCUUUCCCAGUCAAGGAAGUGCAUAAAAUCUCUGUUUUGGAUAUAAGAUUGGCAAAUGCGGAUAGGCAUUCUGGGAAUAUUUUGCUGAGCAAAGAGGGAGAAGAUGGCCAGACCAUGCUGAUUCCAAUUGAUCACGGAUACUGCUUGCCUGAAACUUUUGAAGAUUGCACAUUUGAAUGGCUUUAUUGGCCACAAGCUCGCCAACCUUACUCCACAGAGACCAUCGACUACAUAAAAUCGUUGGAUGCUGAAGAAGAUAUUGCCCUUCUUAAGUUCCAUGGAUGGGACUUGCCACUUGAAUGUGCUCGCACGCUCCGCAUCUCAACCUUGCUUCUGAAAAAGGCAGUAGAAAGAGGGCUCACCCCGUUUGACAUUGGUAAUAUAAUGUGCAGAAAAACCUUGAAGAAGGAAUCCAUCAUUGAGGAGAUUGUACGAGAAGCACAAGAUUCGGUGCUUCCUGGCACUAGUGAAGCAACAUUCCUUGAUACCGUGUCCCAAAUCAUGGACUGCCACCUUGACAAAAUUGCUUGAUUGCCUUUAUCAUGAGGAUGCUGGUUUCCUCUUUUCUUUUAUUUGGAGAAUAUAGGUAUAUGUAAGUAUCACAAGGUGAUUAGGAUGUUCUUUUGUCCAUACACAAUGUGAAGGACUAAUAGUUUCUUUGUUAUUUUCCCUUUCUUCCAUAUCAGUCACUCGUUUCUUGUGAUUGUACUUAAAGUUGGAUUCCUGACUCAUUUGUUCAUUUGAUUGCUAAACCCUUUGCAGUGACAUCUGCAGGUUUUAUGUAUUAUCAUUAUUUUUGUUAUCUUUAA